AUCCUUAAUUUGAUCACCAUUAUCGUAUUUGUGAGGCAGCGCAAACUACAGCACAGGAGCACAUAUCUGGUCAUCCACCUGGUUAUAGUUGAUCUCUUGGUCGAAGCGGUCUCAGGGCCUCUGUCUUUGACUCCUCCUCCAUUGACAAACGUUUCCUUAUUAUACCUUCGAAGUAUACUGAGCAGGUUGUUUCCUAUAGCAUCUGCAACUACACUUACUGCAAUUUCUCUGGAGAGACUGCAUGUUACAUUUUGUCCAUUUCGACAUCUCACCGUCAAAAAGCGUGCUUACGUCAAAGCGAUCGAUGCUAUUUGGGUGAUAUCCACCUCCCUGGAAAUAAUUCAAACUUUUGCGAUGCAAAGAAAUCUGUUUUCUAUCAGUGUAAUCGUGUAUUUCUCUUAUUUUUCAAGUGUCAUUAUAAUUAUUUCAAUCUCGUAUCUUUCGAUAUGUAUAAAAGUUCGACGUAGUCGGUAUCUUCAACACGAGUCUAUGGCCAUCAGAAACAGAGAAAAGAGACUCACAACUUCCUUAAUCAUUGCUUCAUUUGCAUCUCUACUGACUUUGUCACCAGUUUUC